UCGAUCACUCCCUUUUCUUUUUUCUUACAAACAUUACCAAAAUCAUAUAUUUCUCUCUUCAAAUUUCUCCCAUGCCCUUUUUGAUUUUCAUACUCUCUUGAAAAAGCACAUAUCAUGUGUUCUGUAGAUUACUUUGAUUGUCUUCCAGAUGCUCUUCUUCUCCUCAUCUUCAACAAAUUGCAAGAUGCCAAAUCUCUUACCAAAUGUCUUUUGGUCUCAAAGCGUUUCUCUUCCCUCAUUCCUUUAACCGACACCAUUUUUAUCUCAAUCCCACCUCUCCGACAACACCAGUUAAAACCAAACACUGGUUCAUAUGUAAAUACUUUGAGACUUCUUUUUCGUAACCUGUUGCUCAAACCACUCGGAUGUUUCCAUCAAAUUAUGGCUCCCAAGUCAGCAACAAGGUCAUAUGAUAGUUCGUAUUGUCAGCCAAAUGGGGUUUUGAAGAAUUUCAAGGAAACGAAAUCAUUGCAUUUAGAGCUUCCAUCACAUGGAGAUGAGUUGGGAUCAGGAAGUGGUGGGGCUUCUUUCCUUAAAUGGAAAGCAGAGUUCGGAAGCAAUUUGAAGACUUGCAUUAUUCUUGGAGCAACAUCUUGUCAAACAAGUAACAAGUUUUCAUCAUCAAGUUUUUGCUUAAGACAAAAACAAGAGGAAUGCAUGGAGGAAACCUUAACCGAUGAUGAGCUGAAACUACGAGUUAUAUGGACUAUUUCCUGCUUAAUUGCCGCAUCAACAAGGCAUUAUCUGUUCAAGCAAAUUUUAGCUGACCAUCCAAUUCCAAAGCUUCAAAGAGUGCUGAUUUCUGAUGCAAAAAAACAAGGGAAGUUUUAUGUAGGAAAAGAUGAGCUUGGUGAGCUGAGGAAUUCCGUGAACUCAGAACAAGAAACACUGGAAUCAUCAUCAAUGGAGAGGACUCCAUUUCCAGAAUUGAGCAUGAAGCUAUGGUACUUACCUAUGCUAGAGUUGCCAGAGUCCGGUUAUGUGAUGAGGGGAGCAACACUUGUCCUUAUCAGACCUGUUGAUGGGAUAAUUGAACAGAGCAGUAGUACCGAUAUAAUCGUAGGGAGCUUGGACUCGGAAGGUGAUGAUGGGAAGGCAUUUAGUGAAGCUGCAAGAGAGAUGAUCAAAGUGAAGAAGAGUUAUUUGAUGACAAUGAGUUCCUUUUGAGAUGUAAAUAUAUGUAGUAGCUAAUGAAAAAUAUAUGCUUACAAUUCCCUUCUUAAA